AUGGCGCUUCACCACCGUCCUGAGCUCGACGACAUCCGAUCGGCUUACUCGGGCAGCAUGGCUCACCACAGCGAUCGCUCCUUCCAAUCCGACCGCGAAUCUCACCGUUCUUACCAACGAUCGCAUUCCAGCAGCGACAAGUCCUACUCGACACAGCCGACCGUAUACUCGGCCACUUCCGCAAGACGACCACCGCGGGUUCAUUACAACACCUGCGACGACUACAGUGCAGCUCCACCGACAUCCCGAUACUUUCCCGAACAGGCUCCACCAGAGAGUCCAAGAGCGUCAGUAGAGACGUACGCUUCGACAGUACCGAGCGAAGAGGAUCUCCCAGAGGAGACGCCCGAGUAUGAGGUGCCACAGUAUACAGCACGUCCGUACGAGCCAGCUGCGAUCGCAGCAACACCCUCGGACUUCUCAGAGUUGUUUCCGUCUCAUCGUAGAAUGGCAAUACGCCACGACGACGCGACUUUGGAUGGCAACAUGAACUUGCGUGUCGAUACUGAAGUAACCAUGCAUGGUGGUCGUCGCUGCGAUAUGACGCUAUUCCAUCUGCGAAUGCACGAUCUCAGAGAUCGAGAGUUCUCCUUACGCCGAUAUUGCAGAGACUCAGGUCGCGAAGUCUGCCAUUCUGCCCGAAAACAGCAAAAGCCAGCUUCUCCAAAGAGACCAAGCUUUCAACGAUCGCUCAGCAAUGCUUUAAGCAGCAUGCGGUCCAGGUCAGAGCAAAGAAGUCCUACCAUGGCAAGCUUAAAACGGAACGACUCAGGUUAUGGCUCCGUCCAUUCAUCAUUAGACAUGGAUCGCGAUGAUCGUUAUCUGCAGGCAUCGCAGAGUCCGGCACAAUCACAGCAAGCCGUGGAUCCCCACACUGUGAAGCUCGAAUUCAGCAACUAUGCUCAACUUGACGUCAGGCGAGCAGGUACCAAAGCCAACAAGCGAUAUGAGUUCGAGUAUUGGGGCACUCCCUAUGCUUGGAGGCGUGUUGUCAAGAAAGAUAACCCACUGAAUCAGUGCUCGUAUCAUCUGAUUAAGUCAGGCAGUGAGGAAGUGCUUGCCUACAUCAUCCCUUCACCACCCACACCUGGCCAAGCGGAAGAAGAACAGAGCAAAGGUGGCUGGAUACCGCCAUGCUCAAUGUGGAUCGCGGAUGACAGCAUUGUCCGUGGUCAGAAAGACGUAGCAGAUGUUGUGAUCGCUACCGGGUUGAUGGCACUUGUCGAUGACAGCAUCAAAGCGCGCUUCCACGCGCGCGAUUCGAAACAGCUGCUCAUUCCAAAGCUUCAAAUGGGAAUUGAGUAUGUUGGCCCCAAGCGCCUGAUCAACGAGAUGUUCAAGCGCGAAGGAGGCGGUCAACGUAGCCGGCAACCAUCUCACAGCAGCCGGCCGUCCAGCAGUGCCGGACCGUCAAGUGCGAGUGGAACCCGGGCUGCGGUCAGGCAGUCAAGCAACAACUGGUGA